CAGCCGCAGUGGCCAGAGUCGGCUGUGAGUGUCGGUGGCGCGGAACAAAAUGGCGGAACGCGGCUAUAGCUUUUCUCUCACCACCUUCAGCCCUUCUGGAAAGCUUGUUCAAAUUGAAUAUGCUUUGGCAGCUGUUGCAGCAGGAGCCCCAUCGGUUGGAAUUAAAGCUGCAAAUGGUGUUGUACUAGCAACAGAGAAAAAGCAGAAAUCUAUACUGUACGAUGAACGGAGUGUACACAAAGUGGAACCUAUUACCAAACACAUAGGCUUGGUAUAUAGUGGCAUGGGCCCUGAUUACAGAGUACUUGUUCAUAGAGCACGUAAAUUGGCUCAGCAGUACUACUUGGUUUAUCAUGAGCCUAUUCCAACAGCCCAGCUAGUGCAGAGGAUUGCUUCUGUGAUGCAAGAAUACACGCAAUCUGGGGGUGUACGUCCAUUUGGAGUGUCAUUGUUAAUAUGUGGAUGGAAUGAGGGGCGACCAUAUUUAUUCCAGUCUGAUCCAUCUGGGGCAUACUUUGCAUGGAAAGCAACUGCAAUGGGGAAAAACUAUGUAAAUGGAAAGACAUUCCUUGAGAAAAGAUACAAUGAAGAUUUAGAGCUUGAAGAUGCUAUUCAUACUGCUAUCUUGACAUUAAAGGAAAGUUUUGAAGGACAGAUGACUGAAGAUAACAUAGAAGUUGGCAUCUGUAACGAGGCAGGAUUUAGAAGACUCACUCCAACUGAAGUUAAAGAUUAUCUGGCUGCAAUCGCCUAAUCUGGUUUUUUUUAAAAAAGAAAAUAGGGAUUCACGUGCUACUGAAAUAUGGAGUGAAUUUACUUAUUAAUGUGCAAGAAUACAAUUAUUUACACAGUCUGAAAAAAUGCGUAUAAAAGGUGGUAUAUAUUCUGUGUAAAUUUCCAAAAGACUUCACUAUAAUAACCUCAGAUGAUGCUAAAAUUGCUUCAAAAUUCAGAUUUUGAAGAUAGGGCUGCAUGAGUAGAACUAGUAUGCAUGUUUUCCAUAGCAGAAGUCAUACUGGGAAGAGAAUUUGUAAAGAAGAGCCAAUGAUUUAUGUAUAUACUGAAGGCUUUUGGAAAUUUUUUUUUUUUUUUAAUGUGAACCAUUAGGAGGGGCAGGAAAACUGUCAAGCAUCUAGAGAAAUAUCUUUGGGUGCAUUUGGCAUCCCAGGUUUACUUUGGUGGUAAUUUUUCAAAGUUUCAGAUGGAUUCUUUACCAACCCAAGGUGGCCAGAGACUAUAUUUGGGACUUUCUGUAUGAAAAUCAGGCUCUGCUGAUGAACUAUGACUCUGCCCUUUAUCUUGGAAACCUUGGGUGAGCGUUCUGAACAGGGUAGCAGCAGAGUUUGUAAAAUUAUUUUGCAGUGGGGAUGGGAAGAAAUAGAUAUAUUUGGCCAUGAUCUGGAGCAUCUUUUUGUUUUACUUGUUGAUUCACCCCUUUUUAAUAAAUACUUUUUUUCCCA